AUGAUCAUCGUGGCUUUCUUUUUUCUCCUCCGCCCCGGCGAAUACACAGGCACCACAAACGAUGACACACCUUUCCGGUUCCUUGAUGUUCAGCUCAAAGUCGGCGUACGCCACCUUGACCUUCUCACUACUACACCUGCUGAAUUAUGGGCUGCCACCAGUGUUGCCCUUACAUUCACCACGCAAAAGAAUGGUGUCCGUGGCGAAGUCAUUUGUCACGGUCAGAGCGGCCAUGAUGUCCUCUGCCCCGUCCGCUCCAUGAUCCGCCGUAUCCUCCAUCUCCGACAACAUACUGCAAACAUGCACACCAUCAUUGCAACCUAUUUCCAAAACAGCCGCCAUUACUCCGUAAAAUCGGCCGACAUCACCACUACAUCACGCCAAGCUACAGCCGCCUGCGGCGCCGACCUCGGUUCCCUUUUCUGCUCCAACGUCGAUCGCAACACCAUCCAACUCAUUGGACGCUGGAAAAGCGACGCCAUGCUUCGCUACCUCCAUGUCCAAGCCCAACCAGUUAUGCAAGGCUUCGCCUCCAUGAUGCUUCAAGGCGGCGAAUACGCUAUUCAUCCUGGCCAGAACCUUGUCCCAAUGUACUGA